AUGGACAUGGACACAGCGCUGUACAAUUACAUGGUCGGACUGGAACCCAAAACCAGCAAGGAGGUGCGACUUAGACAACCGACGACGCUGGAUGCCGCUAUCCAGCAAGCUAUCAUCGUCCACAGCAUCUUACACCCCACCAAUCCCAACACUGCCACCACGAUCUCUGUCCCAACCGCCCCCUCAUCCGCCGAGCCCAUGGACCUGGACGCAAUGAACGUCCUCCUCACCAACCUCACCACCUUAGCCAAGACAACCACCGUCGCCAGCAUUCGCCAGCGCCCUCAACACACCGCUCGUUCAUCAUUGCGUCCAUCCCUCCCCAAACUCGACGCUGCCACACGCGAAUACCAUAUCCGACAUGGUCUUUGUCAUCGAUGCCGUAUUUCAGGCCGCAUUUCCAAGAACUGCAGGGGUGAUAGAGCAUUCAACGAUAUUGAAACAGGCUCCCAGACAGCUGGCGAGUCGAGAAAAGGCCAGGGCGAGCUGUGA